UGACCGUGAAAAACAGAAGAAGGACAUUAAAAAGACACAAACUGACUAAACUAUUAGUGCCGCUCGGAUUCAAAGACGAAACAGCUGUAGUAACGUUAAGAGGGACACAAAAUCAUGACCACCAGCCCUGUUAUUCAAGCGUUCAUUGAUUUAUCAGCCGGAGCAUGUGGUGGAAUAGCAUGCGUGCUGUGUGGUCAGCCGUUCGACACCGCCAAGGUGAAGAUGCAGACGUUUCCCACAAUGUACCGCAGCUUUGUGCACUGCUUCGUGUCCAUCACGAGGCAAUUUGGGCUGCGUGGCCUCUACCAGGGAACUACCCCAGCCCUGAUGGCCAACAUUGUUGAGAAUGCCGUCCUCUUCAUGAGCUAUGGCUUUUGUCAGGAUGUUGUGCACUUUGUGCUUGGCCUGGACAGAGGAGCAGAACUCAAUGACAUUCAGAAAGCUUGUUCUGGCUCGGUAGCCUCAGUCUUCUCCUCGCUGGCUUUGUGUCCAACUGAACUAGUUAAGUGUCGUCUGCAGACAAUGCACGAAAUGGAGGCAUCAGGCAAGAUUGCCAGUGGAAAAAAGAGUACGGUGUAUUCUGUGGUCAGACACGUCUUAAAGACGAAUGGUCCUUUGGGUUUUUAUCAAGGCCUGCCCACGACAAUAAUGCGUGAGAUACCUGGCUACUUCUGCUUCUUUGGAGGCUAUGAAAUGAGUCGCUCUGCUUUUGCUCACACCUUGGGCAGGGACAAAGAGGACAUAGGUGUUGUUCCUUUGAUGUUGAGUGGUGGGAUUGGAGGAGCCCUUCUCUGGUUAGCAGUCUACCCAAUUGACUGUGUAAAGUCCAGGAUUCAAGUUCUGUCCUUAGCUGGGAGACAAGAGGGCUUUAUGAAGACUUUUACUGGGAUUGUACGAAAUGAAGGAGUGCGUUCUUUGUACUCUGGUCUGACCCCAACUAUGAUUCGGACAUUCCCUGCCAAUGGGGCGCUCUUUCUUGCCUAUGAGCUUAGCCGCAAGAUGAUGAUGAAACAGUUUGAUGCGUGACAUGGGGGUCUGUGAUUCAUUUGAAACGUUUGUUUCCAUUAGCACUCCGCUGAUGAUUUUAAUGGUGGUGAUUCUUCCGUGUUGCUUCAGAGGGUGCUUUAGAAUUAUUGGAAGGUAUGAUACAAUAUAUGGCCAAAAGUAUUGGGACACCUUUCCUAAUUUUUGAAUUCAUGUGUUUUAGCCACAACCCUUUCUAACAGGUGUAAUAAUUCAAUUAUAUAAAUGAAAUUAUAUGCUUCUAACUUUGCAGCAACAGUUUAGGGAAGACCCUUUCCUGACCUCAGCCCCACUCAACAGCUUUGGAUUGAACUGGACCAUCAAUUAAGGCUUAGUGUAUUUUAAAUUGAGGUGUU